AUGAGUUGGGCAGUAGAGGAGUGGAAGGAUGGUCUUCCAGGGAAAGCCCUCCAGAAGAUCCAGGAGAUAGAGUCCCAGCUGGACAAACUGAAGAAGGAGAGGACCCAGAAACAGUUUCAGCUGGAUUCACUGGAGGCUGCACUGCAGAAACAAAAGCAAAAGGUGGACAAUGAGCGUAGUGAAGCGUCUGCUCUGAAGAGAGAAAACCAGUCGUUAGUGGAGUCAUGUGACUCUGUGGAGAAAGCCCGCCAGAAGGCUGUUCAUGAACUGGGAGUAAAAGAGCAGCAGGUGAGCUACCUGGAGGGCCAGCUCAGCUCUUCCAGGAGGACCAUAGAACGACUGGAGCAGGAGCUUAAGAAGUACAAGAAUGAGUUGGAUCGUUCUCAGACCUCCUCCUGCUCCUCCUCCUCUUUAUCGACUUCCUCUGAGCUGCAGCCCUUAACAACACCACAGAAGAGCUUUUCUACCCCAACAGCCACUCCAAGCUACAGACACCAUGACAACAGACUGGAAGAGCUUCAGGAGAAAUAUAUUAAAGAAGUGGAAGAGAGGAAGAGGCUAGAGACUGAACUUGGAGUCCUGCAGGUCAAAUCGUUGAACCGGUCAACUACUAGUGUCAGCCACAAAGACAUUGCUGCCCGUCAACAAGCUGGAUCGUCCAUAUUUCCAUGGCAACAGCAGGACCAAAAUCUAAGUUGCCAGUCCCAGGGUGCUAUGGAGACCCCUCUGAAGAGGCGGGGUGGUGGCGGAUCCUCCCUCUGGAGUGCACAAGAAAAGACGCCAAUUAGCUUGUCUAUAGAAACACAGAGUUCCAGUGGCUCCACCCAUCAGAUGGAGCAACUCAAAACUCUGAACCAAGAGUUGCGUGGACGCGUGUCCGAGCUGGAGAGGAAUCUGUCCACUCAAGAGAAGGAAAUUCGUAGUCAGGCAUCCAGGUUGCAGGAAGUACAAACCCACAUUGAUCAGGCCCGUAGAGAUUUGGCUGACAGGGACAGAGACCUAGCCAAGAGCCGCCAUGAGCUCAGCCAGACGACUGACAAAAACCAACAAGCUGAAACCAAGCGUUCUUUGAUGGAGCAGAAGCUGAAGCAGCUCACAGAGGAGAUGAGUUGUCAUAGACACAAUGCUGAGAACUGCAGACGAGCCUUAGAGCAGAAAAUGAAGGACCAGGAGAGAGAGAGUCAGAAGGAGCUGGCUCACCUGCAGAGUGCCCACCAGGCCUUGGAACAGCAGCUGAACCAGACUAGAACCAAGCUGACCCAGGAGAUCCAACAGGCCAAGAAAGACUACAACAUUUUGCAGUCUAACAUGGAGAAGUUGGGCCACCAGAAGGGACAGAUGGAGAGAGAAGUGGAGGAGCAGAGGCAGAAGCUGCUGAGGUCAGAACAGAGCCUCCAGGCCAGUCGGACCAAAGAGCAGGACCUCUGCAAGAAAAUGGAGGAGCUUCAGAAAGAGAAGAACAGUGCAUCUGUCCAGUUGGACCAGAGCAGCAGACGUCUGUCUCAAGUCGAGGAAGAGAAGAAGAGCUCAGAGCAGAUCCUUAAACGCACCCAGGGACUACUGGACGACCUCAAAGCUAAAUCAGAGGCCCAGGCUGAGGAACUGAAGGGGCUUCGGUCCAAACUGGAACAACAGACUCAGUCCUCUACCCAAGAGCUGGAUAACCUGAAGAAGAUGCUGUCAGAUGUAGAAGCCAAAAACGACAGGUCUCAGAAUGAACUACAGAAAGAGAAGAUAGAAACAGAGCUGCUGAUGACCAAGCUGAAUAUCUUGGAGAAGGAGAUCCAGGACCUGAAAACCUGUCUCGCUAAUAGCCAGAAGGAGUAUAACACACUGCAACAGGAACACCAAGCUCUCGUGGAGUGGAAAUCUGAGAAGGAGACCCUAAUUGAUGAAACGGAAGCUUUGCAGAUAAGCAUGACUGAGAAAAUCAGCUCUUUAGAAAAGAAUGUCAGCACCCUCAACGAGGCCAGCAAUAAACUAAAAGAACAGCUGUCGAGUUUGGAGGGAGACAAGACUGGUUUGUCCACUCAGCUUGACUCCCUGAAGGGAGAGCUUCUCAUCAAGGGCACAGACCUAGAGGAGAAAGAGCAUCAGUACGAACAGCUCCUGUCAACCCACGCUGAAGCUGGGCAGAAGUACUCCAAAGACCUAGAAAACAUGGGUGUGCAAGUGGCCCAUCUUGAGGCACAAGUAAAAGACAUCAAGCUCCGCUUGCAAAAGGAGGUUAUUCGGGCAGAGCAGGCUGAGAAGACCAAGUCAGAGAUACAGGAACAGCAUCAGGCAGUCUGUGAUCUGGUCCAGUCAAAAGAUCAGCUAAUGGAGCUGGGCCAGGCUGAGCUCAGGCAGCUCAGAGAGAGCCUUGCACAGGCUCUGACACAGCAGGACACACAGCAUGCCAGGCUGACAGAAGAGAGGGCAGCACUGCUGCUGCAAUGUGAGGAGAGUGUAGCGGUGAAGGCUGAGGAGGCUGAGCAGACCAAACUCAAUCUAGAAAGUGUGCAGCAAGAGCUGCUGCUUUCCAAAGACCAGGUAAAUUCCUUGGUAUCUGCACUGAAAUUCCAAAAGAGUUUGGGAGCUACGCUGCAGGAGAAGAUUGAGACACUCUCGGUCACAGAAGAAGCACAGAGGAAGGCUCUGGAGAGCACGUUAGAAGUCCUGAGGCAGACAGAAAAGAAGCUGAAAGAUCUGCAGAAUCAGGCAGAGGAGAAAGAGAAGAUGGUCAGAGAAGCUGAGGCUAAGAUCUUGACUCUGGCGGAACAGAAUUCACAGCUGGAAACGAAUGCUUAUGAGAUAAAGAAAGAAGUAGAGAUUCUCCAGCACUCCAAAGCAGAGGAGAAACACAAGCUUCUUGAGCAGAUAUCCACCUUGCAGGAAGAAAUGGCUGCAAGCAAAGAUGCUAGAGAGCAGCUCCCCUCUUUAGAGAGCAAACUUGAUGUGGCUAACCAGUAUUGUGCUCAUCUCCAGAAGACUCUAGAAGCUCUUGAAGAGACGCACGCUUCCUCAGUUGAAAUCAACUCGAAUUUGGAGAACACCCUGACAGAGAAAGGUAGCCUGAUCUCCUCUCUGGAGAAGGAAAUCAGAGAGCUAACAGAGAAGAUGAGCAAAGAGGCUGAGAACCACGUCUUUGAGAUGGAGAGCUCUCUCAAUGGACAGAAGAGCAUUAAAGAGCAGCUUGAAGCUGCUAAGUUAGCAGAAGCUGCCGUUAAAGAGGAGUUAACUUCUCGUAACAAGGAGAUCAAGAAAUUGAAGGCGAUGCUCUCUGCUGCUUCUAAUGGCUUGCAAGAGAAGGACAACAAAAUCAAGAGUCUUAAGGAGAGCCUGAAUAAGAAAGAAUCAGAGCAAACCAAAACCUCAGAAACUCUGAAAGAGAAGACGAUUGCCAUGAACAAGAUAAAGGUCCAACUGGAAAUGCUUCAAAUGGACCUGGAAGACAAUGAGGAAGCAAGGAACUCCUUCGAUAGUCAACUAGAGGAUCUUAGAGGAACCAUAGCCUUACUAGAGUGCCAGCUAUCAGAGAGCCAAGCCCAAAAAUCUGAGAUGGAGACAAGGCUAGAGGACAGCCAAGGCCAGGUUUCAUUCUUGGAGGCCCGGCUGGAGGAGCUCCAAUCCCAGAAUUCCAUGCUGGAGACCCAAUAUGUCACAGCCAGGGAGGAGUUGUCAGAGAGAAGCUUUGAAAUCACUCGCCUGGAGGAGGAAGCUAUCAAACUUAACUUCUUGGAAGAGAACAUCACUACAUUAGAAUCUAAACUCAGCGAGAUAACAGAGGAAAAAGUCAAGCUAGAGACAACUCUUGACCAGAUAAUCAAAGAGAAAGAUGCUAAUCUUCAACAGCUACUCUCUGAGAAAAAACAGAUGGAGACUCAAUGGAACCAAGUAAUGGUUGACAAAGAGCAGUUGACAGCCAACUUGACUCAAAUAAAUGGAGAAAAGCAAAAACUAGAGCAUACUCUACACAAACUGACUGAAGAGAACAGCCAACUCCAGACGAAUCUGAGUCAGUUAACUGAAGAAAAGCAGCAAGUGGAAAUGAGGAUUAAUUUUCUGAUUGAACAGGAACAAAAACUUGAUUGUAACUUGAGACUUUUAACUGAAGAGAGAACACAACUGGAGAAUAAUUUACACCAGUUAACAGAAGAAAAAACCCAGCUUGAGACUAAACUACACCAGCUAUCUUAUGAGAAGAAUGAACUGGAGGUGAAUUUGAGCCAAGUGGUUGAGGAGAAACUUCAACUGGAAAGGAGCCUCAGUCAGCUGAUGGAACAGAAAGUUCAGUUGCAAGCUAGACUCAAUGAUGUAACUGAAGAGAAUCCCAACCUUCAGAGGCAGGGACUGACCUCUGGAGAUGAGGUGACUUCAGUCAGUGAGGACGUUGACUGUCUGCUGCACUCCCUCAUGUCCUCGGUGCAAGAGAAUGAGCAACUGAAGGAGAUGGAGAUUAGGGAGAAGAGGAGCGAGGAGGAAAGCAGAGAGAGGAGCAUGCAGUUUGAGACCAAGCAGGCCAAGCUGCAUCAGAAAAUAUCUGAAUUGGAGAAGGAACUAGCCAUGUUUCAGCAGCAGUACAAUUUACUGUUGGAGCAGGUGGGCCAGCAACACAGCCUGAUACAGCAUCUCUCUGACACGGAGAGAACACAAGAGUCCAUGUCUGAAGAAACAGACCUUGGUACUAAAGCUGCAGGCCAGCCUGUUGACAUUGAGCAUGGCAUGCAGUCAUCAGCUGAUCUGAAUUGUUAUGAUGCUUCAGAGCCCCUGCCCGCUCAGCUGAAUCCACCAGCAUCUGAAUUUAAUGAGCCAUCACAUAAAUCUGGCGAGGAUGUCAGGUUGUUCCAGGAGGAGAAAACAGUUUUUGUUCAGGCCUCUGAGGCAGAGAUGGAGGAGCAAAGCUGGCCUAUGAAGAGGAAAGAGAAGCAAGAAUUCCAGCAGCAUUUGGAGGAGCAGAUGGAGGCAUGUAUUGAUAUGAUGGAAGAGCGGGAAAAGUGUUAUGAAGAGGAGGUUAUACAGGUCAAGGCCUCCUUGUCCCCACUGCAGCAACAGCAAGAUCCACAGCAGGUGCGUGGAGACGGCAGCAAUCCUAUUGUUUCUGUGGAUGAAUCAAAGAUCUGCAUUCUAUCCCCAGGCCUCUCUGCCCCUAGGGAGACCAGAGAGAGCUGUGCUACAGAAUCAUCCUGUCUUCAAGCCGACCUCAACCAGAGCAGGGAAACAGUCAAAGAACUGGAGAACAAACUUCAGGUCCUCCGCUCUGAGUUUGACCUCCUGAACUCUGAUCUCUUACUGAGAAAGGAGCUGACCGCUGAGCUGGAGGUCAAAGUGCAUGACUUGGAGAUGAAAAUUCAGGUGGCGAAGGAACAAGGACAUGGCAUGGAAGACAAGCUAACUGUUGUCCUAGUGGAGAAGAGAGGCCUAGAGGACCAGAUAUCUCAGCUCUCAGAGGAGAGAGAGGCUCUAACCCUACAACUGCAGACAGCCAAAUGCCAGCUGGCUGAUGUAAUGGAAAUGCUGGAAGGGUUGGAGAUGGCCAAAGGUGGCUGGGAUGAGAAGUUCCUCCAGCAGGAGAGCGAGCUGAAGAGGGUUCGCUCUGAGAAGGCCAACCUGGAGCAGCACAUCCUAGGCAUGGAGACUGACCUUGAAUCCCUGCAUGAGGAUAGAACCAGGCUGGAGGACGCAAUGGAGAACCAGAAGAGGGCUUGUUCAGACAUGGAACAGCAAAUUGAGAUGCUGAGGACAGAGAGUACCCAGCUUAGAUCGCAGCUGGUAUCCUGCACCGAGGAACGAGAUGAACUGAGCCACUCAGUAGGCCGAUGGAAAGAGCAAAUCCACAGCCUGGAGAAGACGAACUGUGACACCAGGCAGCUGAUCUCCAUCCUAGAGGAGGACAUCAGAACAGGGAAGCGAGAGUAUGAAGCCUCGCUGAACAAUGUGGAGAAGCUGGAAACAGAGAUACAGCAGAUUUUGGAGCAAGUUGGUGCACUGGAGCAAGCAAUGUCCAUACAAAGUACAGAGAACAAGGAGCUUGUACUUCAGCUCAGCAGGUACAGAGAAGACCAGACCUCAGCCAGCCAAAACUCUGAGUCCAUGGCCACCAAGAUACAGGCCCUAGAAGGAGAAGUGAGUCGUCUGACCCAGUCUUUGGAGUCCUCUCUACAGGAGAAAGGAGAGAUUGCCUCUCGCCUAAACUCCACUCAGGAUGAGGUUGAGCAGAUGAAGGCUGGCAUCAAGAAGCUCCAGGUCCGCAUUGAGUCAGAUGAGAGGAAGAAGAGACAGAUCAGAGAACUGCUGAAAGCUGCUCAGAGGAAGUCAGACUCCCUGCAGGAUCGUGCUGAGGCUCUGGAGAGAGAGAAGGACAUGGUAGAACAGAGUUUGGAAGAGGCUAUCUUGCAGGCUGAGACUGCCAAAACACAGUGGGAGGAAAUUGAAGAGGAGAAGAGAAAGGUAAAGGAGGAAAAAAGGGCACUCAGCGAGAAAUUAGCCGAGCUGUGCGCAGAGCUGCACAGCCUGAGAUCAGAAAAACAGCGCAUGGAGAGAGAGCUGGAGGCCAAAAACAAAGAGAUCGAGGGGCUGAAAGCCACCAAGGAGGAGCUGGAGAGGGGAAUGGAGAGAGCAGAAAUGGGGAGAAGAGCAGCGGAGGAGAAGCAGAGGUACAGGGUGGAGGAGCUAGAGAAAGGAAUGAGAGAGGAGGAAGAAAGAUGGAGACAGAAAAUUGAGGAUCUUCAGGCCCUGCUGGAAAUGUCACGUCAGCAGGAGUUGUCCCUGCAACAACAGACCACAGAAAUGGAGGGAAAUAUAGGGGGGCUGCAGUGUCACCUGAAAGGUUUGGAAAGGGAGAGGGAGCAUCUGCAUUGUUCUCUUGAGGAGUGCCAGAGAGAGGGAGAGAGGCUCCAGGCCCAGAGAGAGCAGUGGGAGAAGGAGAGGGGAGAGGUAGAGAAGGAGAGAGAGGCACUGGAGAGCUGUGCGGAGAGGUUGGAGGAGGAAAUGGAGACACUAAGGACAACAAUGGAGGCUCAAAAGGCAGAGAAAGAGGGGCUGGACAAAGAAAGGGAGAGGAGGGAGACAGAAGAGAAAGCGGCCUUAGAAAAUACCAUCUCUUCCCUAGAGGCGGAGAAAGAAAGGAUGGGAGGAGAGAAAAGCAGGCUGGUGGAGGAAAAAGAGAAAUUGCAUUCUACCCUUUCUUCGGUUCAAGGCGAACGAGAAAAUUUUCGCUCUGCUCUCUCAAUCCUAGAGGAAGAGAAAGAGAAAUUGGAAGAAGAGCGAGGGGCAUUACUGAAGGAGAAGGAGAAACUUUAUUCUCGUCUGUCCUUGAUGGAGGAGGACAGAGGGCGUGUGCGCUCUGCCCUUUCUUCACUAGAACAAGAGAAAGAAAGAUUGGAGGGAGAGAAGGUGCGGUUAGAGGAUGAAAAAGAGAAAUUACAGUCUUCCCUCUCCCAAAUAGAAGAUGAAAGAGAGAACUUAAACUCAACUGUCUCUAAACUGGAGAAAGAGAUGGGAAGAGCAGAAGGGGAAAGAGCGACACUAGCAGCAGAACAAGACAGCCUUCGGUCUACAAUUGUCUCUCUGGAGAAACAGCUGGAGACACACACCCUGUCUGUCUCUCAGCUCACUCAGCAGGUGUCAGAGCUUUCUUCUCGUGCCAGUCGUCUCUCUAAAGAGAGAGACUUGGCUCUUAGUAAGAUGAGCCUGUUGAUGAAGAACUGCAAACAGCUGGAGCAGGAGAAAGAGAUUCUGUCACAAACCCUCACAGGUGGGAGGAGCAGUAAUGAGGCACAUGCUGAUGAUGUAGAACAACUGAAGAUUCUGUCAGAGGAGAGAAAGAAAGAAGUAGAAGACCUAAAGAAUGCCCUGGAGGAGAGUAGGGGAGAGGCUGAGGAGAAAAAGAAAGAGGUACAAGUGAAAAGCAAAGAGGUGGAAGACCUGAUGGCUGCCCUGGAUGAGAAGAAGAAGAAGCUAGAGGAGAGGGAUGGAGAGUUGGAGGACAGUAGGAGGGAGCUGGACAAGGUGAAUGAGAUGCUGGAGCAUAAGAAUAACGAGGUUGAUGAGACCAUGGACAAGUACUGCAACCUGAUGAUUACAGUCCACAAACUAGAGCAGACCAAUGAGGCUCUGACAGUACGCCUGGAACAGAUCACUGCAAACCAACGGUCUAGUACCAUUCAUGGACACAGUAGCCAGUCUACCAAUGCUAACACUACUAGCUGCCGGCGUUCAGGCAGGAAGUCGGCCUCCAAACAACUGGAGGUAGUCAUGGUCGAUAACACUGAGAACAUGGCUCCCACAAUGCGUGGAACUACACCACAGGCAUUGACUCUUGGAAAACGGGAUCACGAUGGCAUUGGCAACAACGAUGGUUCUAACACUCCAACUCAAGCCCAAGAAGCCCUGUACAACCUUACCAAGAGAAUCAAAGAAACUGCUGCCACAGUAACUGCAUCCAAACCAGGAGUGGGACAAGAAGAAGAUGAGUUCAGGCCAGAGGGACUUCCUGAGCUGGUGCAGAGAGGUUUUGCUGAUAUACCUCUAGGUAAGCCCAGUCCCUGCAUCCUGAGAAGAACCACAGUGACACGCCGUAGUCCUCGACUAGCCACACGACAGGCUACUCCUUCCGCAGCCACAUAUAUAUCAGUACUUGACACCAAGGAAAGCAGCACAGAGGUGUUUAGGCCCAUGUCUUUUCAGAGUCCCUCCAUCACCGUGGCCACCUCCCCCACCUCUGAGGAGAGGAAAAGUGGGCGUCGCUCUCUGAGCUUGCAGAAAACACCACAACAGAGAGAGAAACAGCAAGAAGCCUUAAGAGAACAAUUGCAGCAGGGAGAAAACUGUCAAGUUCAGUAG